CUUACACAAACCCAUUGUGAUUGCUUUGAGGUCCACAGCUGUAACCGUGGCAGAGCCGUCGACAACAGGAAUCACAGAGAACAUGGCCAAGCGCGUUGCCGUCGUGGGAGCUGGAGUCAGUGGCCUGGCCUCCAUCAAGUGCUGCCUGGAUGAAGGACUGGAGCCCACCUGUUUUGAGAGGAGCGACUACCUUGGGGGGCUGUGGAGAUUCACCGAACAUGUUGAAGAAGGCAGAGCCAGCCUCUACAAGUCUGUGGUUUCCAACAGCUGCAAAGAAAUGUCUUGCUACUCAGACUUUCCAUUCCCUGAAGAUUAUCCAAACUAUGUGCCAAAUUCUCUGUUGCUGAAUUAUCUCACAAUGUAUGCAGACCGGUUUAACCUUCGAAAGUGCAUCCAGUUCAAGACUCAAGUCUGCAGUGUCACCAAACGGCCCGACUUUACUGUCUCCGGCCAAUGGGAGGUGGUCACUCUGUGCGAAGGAAAGCAGGAGUCAGCUGUCUUUGAUGCUGUCAUGGUCUGCACUGGUUUUCUUACUAUCCCAAAUCUACCUCUGGACUUCUUUCCAGGUAUCAAUACUUUUAAAGGCCAAUACUUUCAUAGCCGAGAAUAUAAACAUCCGGAUAUAUUUAAGGAUAAGAGAGUCCUUGUGGUUGGAAUGGGAAACUCUGGCACAGACAUUGCUGUGGAGGCCAGCCACCUGGCAGAAAAGGUGUUCCUUAGCACGACUGGAGGGGCAUGGGUAAUAAGCCGAGUUUUUGACUCAGGGUACCCAUGGGACAUGGUCUUCAUGACACGAUUUCAGAACAUGUUCAGAAAUUCUCUCCCAACUCCGAUUUUAUCUUGGUUGAUUGAGAAGAAGAUGAACAGCUGGUUUAAUCACGAAAAUUAUGGCUUAGCUCCAGAAGACAGGAUUCAACUGAGAGAGCCCGUGAUUAAUGAUGAACUCCCAGGCCGUAUCAUCACUGGUAAAGUAUUCGUCAAGCCAAAAGUAAAGGAGGUGAAGGAAAACUCAGUCAUCUUCAACAACACCCCAAAAGAAGAACCCAUUGAUAUCAUUGUCUUCGCCACUGGCUACACCUUUGCUUUUCCCUUCCUCGAUGAGUCUGUUGUGAAGGUUGAAGAUGGCCAGGCAUCGCUGUUCAAGUAUAUCUUCCCCGCACAUCUGCCAAAGCCAACCCUGGCUGUUAUUGGUCUCAUCAAGCCCUUGGGCUCCAUGAUACCCACAGGGGAAAUGCAAGCUCGAUGGGCUGUUCGAGUCCUGAAAGGUAUGAAUACAUUACCACCAUCAAGUGUCAUGAUAAAAGAGGUUAAUGAAAGGAGAGAAAAUAAGCACAGUGGGUUUGGCUUCUGCUACUGCAAGGCUUUACAAUCGGAUUAUGUCUCAUACAUGGAUGAGCUCCUGAGCUAUAUGAAUGCCAAGCCCAACCUGUUCUCCAUGCUCCUGACGGAUCCACGCCUGGCUUUGGCCAUCUUCUUUGGCCCAUGCUCACCAUAUCAGUUCCGCUUGACUGGCCCAGGGAAAUGGGAAGGAGCCAGAAAUGCCAUCCUGACCCAGUGGGAUCGAACAUUCAAAGUCACCAAAACUCGAAUUUUACAAGAAUCUUCAUCUGCUUUUGCAAAAUGUCUUAAACUCUUUAGCUUUCUGGUUUUGCUUAUGGCUGUUUUCUUGAUUUUCCUGUAAGCAAAAUACUUCUUAAAUGCUUUUUCAGAUGCACAGAAUUGAUUUACAAUGCUCUGGUUCCUGCGUUGCAACAAGCUCUUUCUACACCAUAUCCAGAGAGUUGAGGCCACCCCUGACCUUCUGGGCUGGCCCCAGGGCUACCCCUGCCAUUCCUGAGCCUCUCCCAGCUUUGUCUAUGCUAAUGCUAGAGGGUAAUAACAAAGUUUUCUGUGUGGUUCAAGGCUUCUGGAAGGCUCCAAAUUUACUGUAGAAGAGAGGACUUUUCUAGUAUGCUAUUUUCAUAAAUCUCAACUAAAACACAUCAUUUUGCAAAAUGCUGGAUUGUACUGAAAUGGUGCUUUUGUGAUCUCAGCUGAUUAAAAAGAAAGAAAAAAAUCUAGAAA